AUUGAUUCUAGGUGCACAAUUGGUUUAAGAAAAAAAGGUUUCCUGCAGAAAGCGAAUCACUUCAUGGGAUUAUAUAACGUGUUUCAAUCAUAUCUAAAAUUAUCAUCAUUGUGCAAGCAUGGACACUUAACCUAUAUUUAGGGUCCAUGGUGCGAGUGAGCCAAUGAACGUUUACGUGAGUAGAUUUAUAAAUACCGCAAACGAAACCGAACAGGUAGUGGGUGUUGUCAUUUCUAUAUCCUGUGACGUAUAAGGAAGUACUUUAAUAGCCUCGUAUCAAAUACCUCCACACGGCCAGGCAUUUCAAACCAUGUACCGUCACAAACAUACAGGUCCCCACCAAAAGGUGUUCACUCCCCCGGGGGACCAACGGAGAAAGGUGGACGGGUCAUCGGACGGUCCGUACAGUGCCAUUGCUCACCUGACCAUUCACUUGGGGUCCAACAAAUAUGUCGGGACCGGGUUUCUGUUUAAGAGGGAGGCGAUCGGGAAGGAACGCUUCGUUGUGUUGACUGCCGGACACAAUCUAUACGAUCACAACUUUAAACGUCAUGCCGAUGCGGUCGUCGUUCGUUUCGGUCGAAAUGGGACUUUCAAUACAGGAGAGAUCAUCAAGUAUGCAGACGCUUUCAGGGUACCGUCUCGGUCCAUUCAGGACCACGAAGAAGAGUACGAUUUUGGAAUGAUCCUGUUGGAUAUUUCGACUGACCCUAUUCCUCACGAAUAUGCAUUCGAGCCAAUGGUGUAUGCUGACGAUGACUCCGUCUUUGCCCAGGUCUUCAUGAGUGGGUAUCCACGUCGACCCAGAGACGGGAAGGACGGCAUGCCAGGUUUUCCCCGCGGCACCCAGUGGGAACUGGAGGUCAACUUGGAGGAGAUGACCGAUUACCACUUUCUAUACAAGGACGCAACCACUCCUGGGAACAGCGGCUCUCCCGUCUAUUGGAAAAUACCGAUUCUCAACAAAUAUGUCGCCUUGGGGAUCCAUGUCACAGGAGGAGAUUUCACGGGAUUCAAUGCGGCCACACGUAUCACCAUGGAAACCUUGACUGAAUACAUCGACGUCUGGCUUGAUUUCGACGACGACGACUGGGUCUACUACCCCUGGGUUGACACCUCUUGGCUCGACGUGGACGACAGUGAGCGACGCAAGACAUGGGAGAAAGGGCUGCCUCCAAAUGAACUUGCGUCAAGGGCGGAGCGCUUGGGGUGUCCGGCCUUUAACACGGGUGGGGCCAUAAAAACACACGUCAUGCCCAAAGCGGAAUGGUUCAACCUGUUUAGUUACGAUUCUGGUCUCCUAGAUUCUCCUAGAAGUUAUGGAAUGUGGAUCAGGUGGAGUCAUGCAAAAUGUAUGCAGUGAGUCUAAGGCCUUGACCUCAACGAAAAAUUUGACCUUUGGUAGAUCACUACAAAAACAUAUAUCACCUGGAUGUUUCAAAGAUUUGAAAGAUGUUUCAAUUUUUUCAACUGCUUGGCAUCGAAGUUAAUGCAUUAUUCUUUAUAUUUCACCUGGGCGUUAUACCCUCUUCGUUGUUCUAAAAACGAUUUUUUUCAAAUUCAGAUUACCAUAGCUUCAGCAUUCAAAUCUAUUUUAGUCAAGGUUUAUAUCGUUGAACAUAGCAAUUUGUUCCUUAUCCGAUAACAAGUAUUCCUUUUAGUUGAGACAACAUUGAGGUAGCGAUUCCCACGAACACAUUAUCACUUUGUUGCAAUCCAUCACAACCCUUUGAAUUUGAGAUUGAUGCCACAGAGGUAGCCGGUAUGGCGAACCUGCAGGCGAUGAUUUUUGGGAUAUGAUACCUGGAGAUUUAUAUUAUCAAUACUCGUUAGUAUCAAAACUGGUCGCCUAGUCAUGCUGACAAAGUUGAAUAUGAAUGUGAAUAUUAUUAAUAGUUAAAAAGCAUGUGACAUUUUAGAGUAGUCCUGGUGGGGCCUUAGGUGAGCAGUUCGUGACUCACAUAUAUGAACACAGAGCAAUCAUCACGUUGUGGAACUGGACCACGUUCACUAUUAAAGUAAGAGGGUCCUUUGCGGCCCAAGGAUCUGUUUAUUUGAGAAGUUCGCAAAACCAUCGUGACGAAAAUGAUCAAAUGUGUUUCAAUAAAAGAGAAUCGAACUUGCAUGGGUUUUUUUACGAGCUCAUAGUAAUAUUUUCUCUUAACGUUCAGUUUGCUUUUACUAAUGUUAUCCAUUCGAAUGAACGUGAUCAUGUCAGAAGAAAACAUAUUCCGAAGUGUUCAGCAAUUUGAACAUGUCUGAUAAUUUUCAUACCAAUAUUUAAUGAUUUCCGUAACUUAAAUAUCCGUCAUUUUCAUUUGGCCAAAGUUAUCCCUCCAUUAUCCUACCUCCUGCUUUCAAAAGAGUGCAUGUUCCCUCACAAAUGAUAAUGGUAAGAUUAGCAUUGGCAACAUAUUAGUAUUAUCUUCUUGUUUAUUAUUUUCUUUGUUGUUUUUAUUUACAUUAUGAAUUCAAACCUCAUCCAUGUUUUUACACUGAAACGUAUUAUAUAUUAUACAAAAUUGUUUUGUGCGUUAUUUUCUUCCAUAUAUAACCCCAUUUACUUGAUUACUGUUUUCAUCUAAAUUAUCAAUUCAAACCUCAUCCAUAUCUUUACAUUGAAAAGCAUUAUAUAAAACAGCAACAUUGUUUUGUGUGCUGUGUUCUUCCAUAUAUAACCCCAUUUGCUUUUGUUUUUGAGGUCGGGCUGUGCUAAUUACUUGAUUUUUUGUGUCUUAGUUUGUGUUACACUACAGGUAACUCAUGUUCGCAUUUCCUUCUGACUAUAAUAUGUUUGAAUAAACAAAAAACUUUUGUCGACUUCAGUGUUCGCAUGACCAGAUCGUUUAAUACGUGUAUCUAAAUACAUUUUGCCAGGGGUAUGGUCAGACUAGAUAUUCAUGUGAUAAAUUACUUUGGAAAAACUCUUUUGGAAAUGUGUUCAAUUCUGAACAUACAUAUUGUGAAUGGAAGAUUUGGAACUGACUAUCAAAUCGGUGACUGAACUUUUUUUGGGCAUUUAUCUAUUUGAGGGUGUAGUGUGAUAGAUUAUGGUUUAGUAUCGAGUGACAUGUUCCCCGAUAAUGAUGAAUGUCUCUGUAAAAAACAUGGACGGUGCCAUUAUGUAAAUGCGUUCAGGAGAAACUAGAGCUAACUCCUACCUUUUAAAGUAAAACAAAGUUUGCAAUGAAUACAGAUAACUGUGUGGAAUCAAGAAGGACCAGUUUGCAUAAUGUAAAAGGAGUGACCUAGAAAAUGCAGCAGCGGUAGACUGUCCUUUCUGGGACAUCAUAAAGCGUGUGUCUAGACGACCGCAACGACCCACCCCUAUUGAUAUACAACACUGGGGGACUCGUCGCUGAAUUCUGAACCAAUGGAUAUUCAGGAAAAUCUUGGUGAGGUGGAGGACAUAGUGACAGGUCAUGGUUAUGUGCAAGAACUGACAAUUGACAUAUUAGAAUCCACAAUCACCAGAUCCGAACUUUUUGAAAGCAUCAGUGCUUGACAACAUAAUAAAUCAGCUGGCUUGACGACAUCUAUGGAAGCCAUUGUACAAACAUGGUUUGUGUACUAAAAUGGGUAAAAUGUGACAAUCCUUGUACAGUUAUGUAAAGGCUUGUGUUCGUUCAAACAAC